UGGGGAGCGUCCUCCUUAGACAGGCAACAUGGCGGCUACCGCGGCAGCCAAGGUAGCGCUUAGGCUAUUUCACCGUCGAGGGAGUUUCGCCGCCGUCGCCUCCUCCUUCUCCCUGGGCCCCGUGAGGCCGGCCAGCUGUUGUGGCCUGACCGCGGCCGUGAGAAAAUACAGUUCCGAAGCCAAAGGACUGGAGGAGGAAUUGCGGGUUCGGUAUUUGGACGACGAGCAUAAAGGAAUUGUUGUACUUGGAAUAAACAGAGCACAUGCAAAAAAUGCACUUAAUAAAAAUCUUGUUAAAGCGAUAUCAAAAGUUAUGGACGCUUUGAAAACAGACAAAAAAGUACGGACAGUUAUAUUCCGAAGUGAAGUUCCUGGGGUAUUUUGUGCUGGUGCUGACCUUAAAGAAAGAGCUAAAAUGCAUGCUAGUGAAGUAAGCUCUUUUGUAUCAAAAGCAAGAUCCACUAUUAAUGAAAUGGCUAAUCUUCCAGUACCAACUAUAGCUGCAAUAGAUGGCAUUGCAUUAGGUGGGGGCCUAGAAUUGGCUCUAGCCUGUGAUAUAAGAGUGGCAGCUUCUUCUGCAAAAAUGGGUCUAGUUGAAACAAAAUUAGCGAUCAUUCCUGGUGCAGGCGGGACACAACGACUACCUCGUACCAUUGGUGUGUCUCUGGCAAAAGAAUUAAUAUUUUCUGCUCGUGUACUUGACGGUGAAGAAGCUAAAUCAAUUGGCUUGAUCAGUCAUGUGGUGGAACAGAAUGAAGCAGGGGAUGCUGCCUACAAAAGAGCUUUAGCCCUGGCGAGAGAAUUUUUACCUCAGGGGCCCAUAGCAAUGAGAGUUGCAAAAUUGGCCAUAAAUCAAGGAAUGGAAGUAGAUCUGCUAACAGGUUUAGCAAUUGAAGAAGCCUGUUAUGCUCAGACUAUCCCAACAAAAGACAGAAUUGAAGGUCUUCUUGCUUUUAAAGAGAAAAGACCUCCUCGCUACAAAGGAGAUUUUAAAAAGUGAAGUUCCCAGUGGACA